UUGUAAUUGUUAGUGGGAAUUUGCGGCAACACGUGUGCCGAUCCCGUUGGCGAUCCCGUUUUGCUCCAAAUUGAAAGAUAAUCUCUCCCAUAUACACUGAUUCGUACGAUAUCAGCUGAACGCCAUCACAGAAACGGGCCAGGCAUUUUGUCAUACACUUGGUGUUGCCAACUGAUUCCCGCGCGAAGAAAACCGAAAAAAUGUCACUUCUCCUUCAACUUUCUCCCAUUCCCAGAGCCAACAUCCGCCUCGUACACCGUCCUCGCGGCGUAAAGUCUAUUCCUUUCGUCGUUCUUUCAAGAAAAUCCGAUUCAGAACCCGACCUUAAACUCAACUCCGCUUCCAAAGCCAAACCCAGGUCAAGAAACCGUCGCCCGAAAGCUGAAGCUUCCCAGAACGAAGGCGAAGAUCCGAGCAGAAAGUUCCCGACAACAAUUCCGAGAAAGCCGAGGCGCGGUCGGAGGAGCGAAGCCGCCGCGGUGGAAGACUACGUGAGGGACUCGCUCGAGCGGACGUUCGCGUCGAUCAGAGAGCAGAACGAUGAAGUGGUCGAGAAUUUGGGAAAUGUGAUGAAGGACAGGGCUGAGGAUGAUAAUGAAUCGGAGUCUGAAUCGGAAUCUAGCGAUGACGAAGAGGAUGAUGAGGUUGGGGAGACGAAGAAGAAGAAGACAAUGGUGGUUGAGGAGGAGAGUCAGGAUUGGCCGUUGGACGCCGAUGUGGGUUGGGGAAUUAGGGCGUCGGAGUAUUUCGAUAAGCAUCCGAUAAAGAACGUGGUUGGAGAAGACGGGGUUGAGAUUGAUUGGGAAGGAGAGAUUGACGAUAACUGGGUGAAGGAGAUUAACUGUUUGGAGUGGGAGAGCUUUGCUUUCCAUCCGAGCCCGCUUGUUGUUCUUGUUUUCGAAAGAUAUAAAAGGGCAACUGAUAAUUGGAAAGCUUUGAAGGAGCUAGAAAAGGCGGUUAAGGUUUAUUGGGAUGCCAAAGAUCGAUUGCCUCCUCGGUCAGUCAAGAUAGACAUCAACAUCGAGAGGGAUUUGGCAUAUGCUCUUAAAGUAAAAGAAGGACCUCAGAUUUUAUUCUUACGGGGAAACAGGAUACUUUACAGGGAAAAAGAAUUUCGAACAGCCGAUGAAUUAGUUCAUAUGAUUGCACAUUUCUACUACAAUGCAAAGAGACCAUCCUGGAUUGAUGUUUCGGCUUUAUCUCGACCUUAUUGUUAGCAUAUCAGUACUUUUAACUUGACCGU